AUGUCGGCUUCUUCUGGAGGUGGAUUUGCUGUCGAAAAUUCUACUAAUAACCCAGUGCAUAGUAGUGGGAAAUACAAAACAUACGUACAGGCGGUCGACAAAGCUUUAAGAACUUUUGAAAAUCCCAAUGAAUGGGCCGACCUCAUAUCUGCGUUAGGCCGUUUAGCAAGAGUGUUUCAAUCAAAUGCAAAGUUUGGUGAUAUUCCUAAGCCUGUUCUAGUUGCGAAGCGACUCUCACAAUGCCUCCAUCCUGCUCUUCCUAUGGGAGUUCACUUGAAAGCGCUGGAAACUUACCGUCAAAUCUUCGACAUCUUAGGCCCUCAAUUGCCAAAACUGUUAUACUUAUUUACUGUUGGUUUGUUUCCUUUGAUGGAUCAUUGUGGAAUCAAGGUUAAAACUGAGUUGUUCAAUUUAUUUGAGCAGUAUUUGGUGCCUAUGAAUCAACACUUGAGGCCUGCUUUACCUGGAUUUUUAGCUGGCGUAUUACUUGGUUUAGAAGAAGGAACAGAGUUCUAUGAUAGAUCUCUAAAACUGUUGGAUCGAGUUUGUGACGGUGUAGGAGAAGCCUCUUUUUUUGCUUGCUUGUGGCAAGCUGUUUUGGGAUCACCCUCAGUUCGUCUUCCCGCUAUGUUAUAUGUAAAUGUGAAAUUUGAUAAGUCACGAAGUCUUGAUGAUCAACUGUACAUAAUUGGGGAUCAUAUAAAUCAUAUGGUUUCUGCUCUUUCCGCGACCGCUGAUGAUACGGGUUCUCCUCUAGUUCAAAGAUAUUUAUUAGAUUUUCUUUGCGCUGCCUUCCCAUUGGAUAGUACUAGUCUUACAAAAGAUGAUUUUGUGCAGCUUUUACAACGUUGUAUUUUUGUUGUCCUACGAAGAGAUAUGUCUUUGAAUCGACGCUUGUAUACAUGGCUUAUUUCACCUACAGGAGGGACGGUUGCUGUCAGUGGACUCCCUGUUGGAGACGAUAGGCUUGAAUCGUCGUUCUUCAAAAACACUGUACUUCCAAUGACUGUUGAUGCGUUGCAUGAAUAUUUGAAACUUGAUACGGUUGAUAUUCCUCAGUCUUCAACUAAUAAUUGGGCUCAUGGAUGGGGGGAUAAAAAGGACGCUGAUCAGCAGCAGUUUGUAGAAGUCCGGGUGUGUCGGCUACUAACAUAUUUACAAGAUAGACCAGACAUUGGUCGUCCUCUUUUGGAUAGAGUGUUGCCGUUGUUAUUGUCACGCUGUGCUCAAAUUCAUCCUGAAUUGAAGAAUAUAGAAGUGGAUAACAACCUUGACGAAGAGAAAAUAUUUGAUAAAAGUGCUAUGAGGCUCUCGUUAAACUCAACUCAAGGAUUUUCUCCAAAACCACCAUCACUCAAGCAAGAUGACUCUGUUUUGGAGAGAAGAAUAACGGAAAUGAGCAAAAUGCUUAAUGUUCUUCUAGGAUCUCUCGAGAAUGGCUUCAUUUGGAGUUUUCUGGCGGAAUGUUUUUCUAAGAAUAUGGAAGAACCUACCCUAGAAUCUUUGAUAGAAUACUCUAAGAUUGUUGCAUUCUGUCUGAGAUCUUGUGCUUUGGACACAGAAACAGAUAUUCGACAUAAGUAUAUACCACAAUUACUUAAUAAUAUUUUAUCUGAGAUGAAGAGCAAACUCUGUUUGAUUCAUAAAGACGCUGUUAUUCAAAUCAUGGGAGUAUGUACUGAGUUAUUGGGAUCUAUGAGUGCUCCAGCUGUAGUUGAAACUGAUGGUGAAGCUUCAGAAGCUUCUGCUCAUUCUACUCCAGUGAAAAGAGCAUCUGCAAAUACCAAUACUUUUGCUAAAGAUCAAUACUUAGUUGAAUCCUGCUUGAGUGAAUGUCUAUCUCUGUUAGGUUCGGCUUGUGAGCUCUACUGCUUGGAUCGGACUGGAGAUCGCCUACCAGUUUUUUAUUCUAUUUGUGAUUUAUUAACUCAAUUCGCCGAGUAUCCUAUAUUCUGUUCGAACAUUGAUGAAUACAUGCCAUCUGACCUACCCAAGUGGUGCGAACAAUUGUUGAAUGUAAUCAAUGCGGAUGAAUGGUUGACACAAAUGACAUCUACAAACUGCUCUGAUCUUCCUGCUCGUACAACUGCUUUAGCAAUGCUCGUGUCCAUGUAUAUCAAAGCUGGAUCAGUGCUGUCUCAACAUAGUGAUAUUCGUGGUAGAGAAGCUGAAUUUGUCACCCCAUCUAACGACGAGGUUGGUAUAAUGACAAGAACUGUUCUGUUGAAACCUUUGCUGUCACAAUACCAUCUGAAUCUUCUUGAAAGUUUGAAGCUUUUUGAGAAAUGUGCACAGGCUUCAUGGCUGGGAUUAUCUUCAGAAUAUUAUGCAUCCGAACAUAGUAGAUUAGCGAAGCUCCUUUCUCUUUUGCAUGCAAGAAAGUUGAGUGAAGCGAGCAGUGAUGUUGAAAACAUUAUUGUAUCAUCCCUGACUAAUAACGACCAAGUGAUUAGUACGGAUGCUGCUAGAACAUUUCAUCGUUUUUGGACACUCACUAGAUUAACUGAUGGCGAAAGUUCCAUUGUUUCGACUAAACCGUUCCAUAGGGCUGUUAUGUUGCUACUAGGAGUAUUGGCAGAUGAAUCGGUUUCCCGUGGUAGGGCUGAAAUAAAGAGUGUCGCAGUUUCCUGGUUUAUCGAUUGUGCGAAUCAUAAUGAUUUGCCUAGAAUAGUUCAAAUGCUCUCUACGAUGCUGAUGAAUCCUGCUACUGCCCGUGUUUCCAUCCAGUAUUUAUGGAAGGAAUCGAAGUUAACUCGUGAGCAGUUUUCUUCCUUACCCUCUGACGCUUCUGCUGUUACUUUGGUUACUGCUGAUGGAAAGCAGCGUUUAUAUCACUUAGAAGGGUCGAUUCUCGAAAAUUCCUGGCAUGGUGAACUAAGAAAUCGGUUAUUGCUUAAAUUAGAUGGGGAUAACACAGCCAGUGAUACAACUCCUCCAUCAGUCUGUGCGAAUGGAGAUGUCCCUAAUUUUGAUGAUGAUACGGACUCUCUUGACACGUUGUCUUUAUCUUUGGAAGGAAUAGAUCCUGCUGUUAUUGAAACAAUUCAACAUUUAAUUGAUUGUGUUGUGGAGGAUGAUAGCAAUGAAAUUGAUUUGGACCAUCAGUAUCCUGAUGCUACAGAAGACUCAAUUGCUCCUGAUGAUAAUGUUCCUGUAGUCUUCAGAGCAGGAUCUACUGAUGUUGACAAUGAACCUCCUGGUUUGGUUGGCGCUCGAAGCGAAAGCAAAGAAAAAUCUGGUGAUAGCGUAAACAGAAUCAAGAAAGGACACCGUCGUCAGGAUUCACUACAAGAGAGUAUUUUCAGUAUGACCGAGAAAGAGCUUAAAGCUUUUGAUGCUACUGAUCUUUUGAGACCAUCUGCGGAGAAUGAAAAUCUCGAUCUCUUCCAUGAGUUACAUGUACAUAUGCUUUUAUAUGGCGAGAGUGGACGAGUAGUUGACUUAGGACGAGCAGAGACUGCUUUCCGAAUUCUUACAGCUUUGCUAAGUCCAAGAUCUGCUCCUGUAUCUAACCGAAUGUUACUGAACUGUCUUGUUUCUUCGGGAACAGCUUCACAAUCUGGAGAGCCGAGUUCAUUGUCUUGUUCUUUAGUUGAUCUGAUGGCUAAGCAUGUUAGAGCAAUUUUGGGGCAGCAUUUCUGGGGAAGCAAUGAAGAUGAUCAUAUAAAACAUCGUCAUUUGACUCUCUUAGAGUUACUAAUAACUAUAUCACUUCACUUUUUGCGUUCAUUUUUCUUAAAUUCUCCCGUUUCUCCUGUUACUGACAGUGAUCUCAUUGUUGCCUGGAAAUGUAAAGUCUCUGCUCUGGAUUUCUUGAGUCAACUCUUUGGUGACAUAUCGGACAUGAUUGUUGAGCAACAUUCAAGACCAUUCGCGAGCUUCAUUCAAUCAAUUCUUUCUCGUGCAAAGUUGCAAAAAUGCUUACUUCAUUUACUGUUCUAUUCAGUUCACGAUCCCAAGUCUGGAGUAGAAAAGGGAGCAACACUACCUCUCUCGGUGUCCAUUAGCGAAUUCAAUGAGGGUUUCAGUGAAAGUUCUAGAAAGCGACUGUCUGGUCUGCUCUCUGCAUAUAACCGCUCGUUAUUAGCUUUCACAGCUCAAGCUAUUCGACUAGAGUACGAAAUAAAAAUGGGACUGGAUAACUUUAGCGAAAACAGUCCAACUGCCCUGAUCCAUCAAAGAAUAUCUAAAAGCCAGGAACUUUACAAUACUGCAUCUCAUCGCUUAACAAUAAGAGAUCCCCAUCCCUCACUCGUUGAGCUUCGUGCUUUCUUGCUUAUCGUAUUGAAUGCACUCAAGAGGCAUCCUGAUCGCCAUGAAAUUUGGUUCCAAUUUGUAGUUGAAAUCCUACCCUGGAUGGAGAGAUCUUUAGCGACUGUUGUCGUACGUGUUGCAGAACAGUUGUGCAAAAAUCUUGAUAUAGCCAUGUCUAAAUCGUUCAAAUCUGCUAGAGAGGCUAUGCCCUCUGAUGAGUCUUCCGAACACAUGAGCACUUUCCCUGCUCAUUUCAUGGUUUCAACUAUGGAAGCUUUGACAACGUUAAUACAUUACUGUGUUGUUGAUACGGCAACCAAUGUGUCCCCUGUUCAUCCUCCACAAAUCACUACUUCUACGGCUGGAACAACGAGCAUGGUUGGGCAGGCAAUCUCCAUCAUACCCGGUACCAAAGGUGCAACGGAAUUAUUUACUAACAUCGUGAAAGCUUUCAGUUUUAGCGAGUCUCAAUCGCAUAACAGUCUUGCUUUAUCGAAAAUGGAGGUUGUUAAGAAUGGAGGUCCCAAUUGGAGACAAGCCAAAAAUGAUAUGCUCACUUCUCUACCUCACUGUCUAGCCACUAUUUGUGAUGUCUGGAGUGUGGUUCGAAGUGGAGAGAACCCAAAGCUCCCCCUCGGAAAUCCAGCUCAAUUAAGACGAUUAGUUAUCGACUUACUCUCUCCGAUUGCUCAAAACCAUCAACAAGCUUUCCUUCAAGCCCUGUCUUUGGUAUGGCUGACUAGAUCUGCAUGUGGAAGCUCUCCUAGAAAGAGUGAUCCUGACCAGCUGUCUUUCACUUACACAACUUCGCAAUUGGAUGUCGCUAACUUGUUGUUAAGUCUCAAAAUUAUUACUAUCGAGGAGUUGAUGACUUCUGUGUGUGAGUCAUUGAAAGAAGCUGGAAUCAAGGCUUCAAAACUUGGAUCGCAGGCUGAUAAGGCAACUUUCCCCACUGAAGCUCCUUUACUCGAAUUGGUUCAUGCUUGUAUAAGAUCACUACCUAUAGCUCAAAUGCGACAGUGUUGGACCUGUUUACAAACAUUGUUCUCCGAAGCUCCUCUCACUCAUCUCCCACCCCGUGCAAUAUUUUUGUUGUUCAUCAUUUUGUGCGACUUUAUACGUUUAUGUGGAGUUACCUAUAUAGUCGAAGACAAAUCAUUAUCAAAGGCGGUGCAAGAUUGUGUGCAGAGAAUGACUGAGGCUGUCAAUGUCAUAGUUGGAUGGCAACUGGAAACUACCACAUGGUUGAAGCGAACACUUGUUGUCAAACAAGACCAAUCUUCCUCACAAGAUGCGAGUCCUUCAUUAGAGUUGAACACCCCUGUAAAUACGCCAGCACCAUCGAUAACGUCUUCGGAACAAAACUCAAUGCGUGGAUCAACUCUCUCAUUAAUAAACAGACCUGCCUCUAUUGAUGUAGGCGGAAGUAUUCAUUCAGCCGUAAUAACAGAUAAAAAGAGUAGUUCUAAUCUGAGAGGUUCAGUGAAAGACACAAAUAACAAUAAACGAGAUCCUACUCACAGUACUCAGGCCCUGUUCCUUCUAGCGCAGAACCUUACUGAACUAGUAGAUUCGGUUUGUAAAAGUGAUGACAAGGAAAAGCUAUUACCCACUCUUCAUGCUGUGUGGAGUAAUGUCGUACCAUAUCUACGAGCAAAAAGUGCUCGGAACGCACGUUUUUUCCUCGCCUCUUCGCAGUUGUUGGCAUCCAUGAGUUCUUUUAACUAUAUGCGCCCAGUCUGGAAGAAAACGACGUUAGAGCUUCUGUUGGAUUCAUCUUUCUUUAAAAUGGAUCACCAAUCACUGAGACAAUGGCUUGUCGUAACGGAUCAUCUCAUGACGCACGACAAGACUUCGUUCAAAGAUUUAUUGAAAAGUAUCGCUUAUACUCCCAAUGCAUCCUUCAGCAUUAUGACUUCUAAAGAACAAGAGUAUGAAGGUCGAGCUCAGUCACUGAAACGCUUAGCAUUUGUUGUAUUUGGAUCUGAACUGGAACAAUACCAAGCUCAGAUGAAUGAUAUUCAAGAACGCCUCUCAGAGAAUCUUAGAGCAUCUCAAUCACCAUCAAUAAGAUCAGCAGUUUUCUUAUGUUUACGAGUUCUAUUGAUCAGACUUCGACCCCAGUCUCUGGUAGGAAUAUGGCCAAUAAUGAUCACAGAACUGGUGCAUGUUUUAUUGCAAAUGGAGCAGCAUCUCAGUGGUGAGAACAAUGGACUAGAUGAAAUAAGCUGUGCUAAAGAUGAUGCUUGGCUUCAACUGUAUCUGGCAGCAUGCAAGUUACUGGAAACUCUUUGCACUCUUCCGGCUGGAUACAUCCCACAGUUCCAAAUGUGCCACUGGGCGUUUAUUAAUACGAUUUCCGCUAAUAAAACUGAUAUGUUCAUUCCUUUCGCUGGUCGAAUUAACAAGCUGCUGAAAAACAAGUAUGGGAAGCUCACAGAUGAAGAGAAGUGUAGCCAGAUUGUGUCCCUGGGCGGGAUCAAAGUGUUGACAGGUUUUGAUAAAUUGAGGCCGUUUUUCUAUGCUUUAGCAACUCAAAGUAAACAAAUCUCUGAUGUAUCUCAGAUUGAAUCGUGCGAUCUUGCAUUCCUCACGGGUUCCCUCACUUAUAAAGAAGCUAUAGAUAGGUUGGAGAGUGCGCUAUUUGUCGAUUUCGCUGAGAACUGGCAGUUAUAA